GGCUGGGAUACACAUCACCGACAACCGGGAUGGAGGAGAGAGGCGGAGGGGGAAAGAAAAAGUUGAACCUGACAAGACCAACUUUCAACAUUUCAUUGACGCCUCCACUGACGCCAUUACAAGAGCAGCGAGAUUAAAGCUCGUGAAUACAUCUUUAUUUUUUAUUUUUUUUGUUUGUUUGUUGAAUUUCCUUGUUUUGUUCUGUCCGCGCCAGGCUGCCGGAGGCUGGCUGACAUGUUGGAGUGAACAUGGCCGCGCAAGUGGCAUCGGCUCCCGCCAGAACUAACAAUAAGAAUAAGAAAUUAUCCAGCAGCUUGAGCACGGAGCUCAAUUCGGGGAAAUCCGGAGGAGGAGGGAGCCUACAGAUGCUGGGCGCGGGAGAUGGGACCCUGAAUGACGUAGACCAUCACCGCCGACCGGAGACCGGCAUGGUGCGUUCAACUUCUACGAGUCACGGCAAGGGUGGGAAUAACCACGCCAACACGUCAUCCGUGGAAACGGCUCUGAUCACGAACCAUAGGCGGAAAUGCGUCGGGGGCAGUGCACUUGGAGACCCCCCUCAGCCGCAGACGCCCCAGCCGCAGUUCGGCCAGUUCGCGCCGCAUCUGCAGCGUCAGAUCAUCCACAGCAACAACAACGGCCAUGGCGGCAAAGAGAACCUGCAGGGGGGUCAAGGGGAGCAGCAGCAGCAGCAGGUGCAAGGUAAAGGCGAUCAGGGCCACCUUAAACCCACGGAGGGGAUGAUGUCCACCAGGUAUGAGCACUCUAACUUGGGCAACAACUCAGAGUUCAACAACAACUAUUACACCGCCAGGUCUUACGAGCAACAUGGCGGACAGCAGCAGCAAGGGAUGGGGAUAACAUCAGCACAUAUGGACAACUCCCAUGAAGCAGGUUACCAGAACAGCCAAUACAAUCAGUACCAGCCCUAUAAUCGGACGGGGUACAGCGGCGGGGCCUACGGCAUGAUGGGCCCCGCUGGGUGCAGGCAACCUGGCAGCAUGAUGAUGAGCAGCAACUCCUCAGCAAGCCACAGCAAGUCCACACUGGGGGUCUCUUCCAGUGGUUUCCAAAGAUUCCCGGGGCCAACUCAACAACAACAACAGCAGCAGCAGCAGCAGCAUCCCUCAGGGGCCACACCGACCCUCAACCAGCUGCUCACGUCUCCGAGCCCCAUGAUGCGGGGCUACAGCGGGGCGUACCAAGACUACAGCGGAUCAUCCACGCAGCAGGGCCUGGGGAAAGAUGCAGGCCCCCAGUAUGGGGCCACCUCGGCCCACGCGUGGGGAGGACAGCCCAGGAACCAUCCGCAUUCUUUGAGUCCGGGCAAUGGGGGACAAGGCCUUGGGAGAAGCCAGGUGUCCUCCAUGGAUUUCAUGGCGAUGAAGCGUUCGCAGCUGUAUAGUAUGGCUAAUAAUCCAUACUCGGGGCCGCAGCAUCCAGGGGGCGAGGCUUACCCUCCGAGCCAGCCAUACAAUCCUCCUCUCUCACAACGUUAUCCAAUGAGCAUGCAGGGCAGAGGUCAAAUGGGCAUGGGAAGCAUGCAUUAUCCUCAGCAGCAGGUGGCGCCCUAUGGCCAGCAGGGGAUGGGCGGCUACAGUCAGCAGCAGCCGGCGGGCCAGCAGGGAACUCCUCCCUAUUUCAGCCCCCCCCAGCAGACACCUCCAGCCCCCAACCAGAGCUCUUACCUGCAGUCACGAGCACCUGCACAGGAGGCACAACCAGAGAACUACACCACAAGAGUUCCAGGUCCAGGGAAUUCUGGGAAGAGCAACAAUGAGGAUGGCGUUUCUACCCAGGAUCGCCCGUCCAGUCUGCCGCUCCUCCUUGUGGAUAAUUGGACUGCCAGCAGAGGGAUUUCAACUACGCAGAAGUGUAAGGAUCUAUCUGGCUCUAUAGAUGACCUCCCCACUGGGACCGAGGCUGGUCUGGGAUCAGCCGCCAGUAGCAACAGCAGUAGCCAAGGGGAGCAAGCAAACGCCAACACCCAGAGACAGUCUCCUUUCUCUCCCCAUGCCUCCCCCCACCUUCACAGCCAGCGGAGCGGACCUUCUCCCUCACCUGUGGGUUCACCUGCAGGAUCUACUCAGUCCCUGCAGUCGCGAUCAGGCUCCGGACCCAUCUCGCCUGCGAGUGGACCUCCUGCCGGUGCCAACACACCAGGCUGCACCUUGACCCCACAGAGCUCUGGGAGCACACCAGAUGGAUCCCGCCCACCAAUCACCCGCUCACCUAUGGCCCAAGAGCGAGGGUUCAUGUCAAACAUGCCACGGAACCAGGCCGGCUCUCAAUUCCCAUUGUAUCCCACGAUGGGUCCCUAUUCCCAAGGUGGCCCCCAAGGCCCUUAUGGACCACAAGGAUCCCAGUAUGGACACCCAGGGAACUACCCCCGGCCUGCCAACUACAGUGGGACGACAAGUACCAGCUACAGUGGUCCUGGUCCAGGCAUGACCAACAGUCUGGCCAUGAACGCAAGCAGCCCCAUGCAUGGCCAAGGCCCUGGUCAACCCAUCACAGGAGGACGCAACCAUGGACCGAGCAACCACAAUAGGGGAUACCCCACCGUGGCACCCAUCUCCCCCAGCAUGCCUCAGCCAGCAGGACCGGGAAUGGGGCCUCCGUCUUCAGCUUCUUCUAACCGCAAGACCCAGGAGGCAGCAGCAGCCAUCAUUCCAGGCUCGGCCAAUGCAACACACAACAGACAAGGCAGCUAUCAAGGAGCCAGCAUCAGCCAGGCGAGCCCCACAGUCCCCUGCAGAGAACUGGCAGGCAACAAUGGUGCAGCCGUAGUCAACACUCAAGGUCCAGCCUACAAUGUGAUGCCUUCAGGUGCCAUUGGAAUGUCUGGGGACAGCAUGAUGAGCUCCGAUGUGAAAAUGAAAGCAGAUCCGAAAGAUGACAAUGGUCCCGCCAAUGACACUCACAAGCCAAAGCAGCUGCAAGACAUCCACAAUACCAACAACAGCAACACAAGCUCCCACUGUGUGUCCCAGCCCGCCACGCCAAACAGCGUCCUGCCUGUCCCAUCGCCCCUUUCACCCAGCCCGGCCAGCUUGUCCUCCUACCACGGAGAUGAUAGUGACAGCAUCAGCAGCCCGCCUUGGCCCGUCAAGGCCCCGCCCAGUCCUAAAGCCAACGUAAACUCCUCAACAGCCGGUGGCGAGCGAAUGGUCCGGCUGUACGAUCUGGGUGUGGAGCCAGAGAGGCGCAACUGGGUGGAGCGCUAUCUUUCCUUCAUGGACGAGAGAGGAACGCCUGUUUGUCAGCUGCCUAUCGUGGGAAAGAAGCCUCUGGACCUCUGGAAGCUCUAUGUGGCUGUUCGCGAGAUUGGAGGCCUCGCCAUGGUAAACAAGAACAAAAAGUGGCGUGAGCUGUCCGCCACUCUAAGCGUGGGGACAUCGAGCAGCUCGGCCAGCUCGCUCAAGAAGAACUAUAUCCAGUACCUGUUCGCCUAUGAGUGUAAGAUGGAGCGGGGCGAGGAGCCACCAGCAGACAGCAGCAGCAGCAGUAGCGGCAGCAUGGCUGGAGGAGACCACAGGAAGCAGGUCAAGAUCCAGCCGCCGUCACCUGCUAACUCAGGCGGCUCCCUCCAAGGUCCACACACACCUCAAUCUUCUGGCAGCAGUUCCACAGUGGAAUGUGCAGGAGAGCUCAUUCCUCCGACCCGUGCGGCCACCCCUCUUGGACAGGUCGCACCCAACAGGAGCAGCGUGAGUGUGCAGGACCCCUUCUCAGAGGUCAGUGACCCGGCCUUCCAGAAGCGCUCUUCCUCUCUGCCCCCCUCUUCAUCGUACCAGCAGGGCCUCGGCAUGCCUGACAUGAUGAUGAGGAUGCAGUACGAUGCCAAGGACCCAUUUGCUGGCAUGAGGAAAAUGGCAGGAGCUGAUCCCUACAUGCCUGGCCAAAUGCCAACCGGUGGGGUUCAGGACAUGUACGGCCGGCCCCCAACGGCCCUGAGCAUGAGUCAACAACGAACACAGUACUCAUACGGGCCAGGCUAUGACAGGAGACCGGACCACGUGAUGGGGAUGGAGGGCAAUAUGGGUCCUCCUGGCAGUCAGAACAACAUGGGACCUCACAGUGAGAGUAGCAUGUAUUCUCCCAGCAGAUAUUCUUCACAGCAGAGACAUGAUGGCUACAGUCCGCAGUAUCCUGGCAUGCCGUACGGGAUGCAUCCCUCUGGAAUGUACCAACAACAACAGAGCUACAAAAGGCCCAUGGAUAGUAUGUACGGACCCCCACCCAAGAGGCACGAGAGUGACGUGUACGGCAUGCAGUACUCCAACCAGCAGACAGAAAUAUAUAACCACUACGGUGGGGGCUAUUCAGGCCCAGAUCCCAGACCCCUCCAAGGACAGUUCCCUUACACCUACCCCCGUGACCGCAUGGCUUCUUCCAUGCCAAGUCAGCACAGCAUGAUGAGUGGGGGGCCGACCACCAACCACACUGGUGACGGAACCAACAUGUGGCCGUCCAGGACAGACCUGGGCUAUCCCUACCCCAACCGACAAGGACCUCCAUCCCAAAUGCCCCCGUAUGGUUCCAUCGGCAGGGAAGAUAUGGAUGGCCGGCCCGGGCAGGAUCAGUGGCACCGGCCGUCUCCUUAUAUGUCAUCACCGGGCGGUAUGUCUCCCUUUACAUCACGCCACCCCUCUUCGUCUUAUUCCAACUCCCAGUCAAUGGCGAACCACCUGCCCAGAGCGCCCAGUCCAGGGGCGUUCCAGCGGGCCAUGGACUCUCGGGUGUCGCCCAGCAAAGCGGCUUUCAUGUCAGCCAUGAAGAUGUCAAAACCGGGGAUACCCAUGAUGGGCUCUCAGGGAUGCGGCCCACUGGGUCAGUUCCCUCCCAACCUGAGGAGGGACUUCAACUACCCACCGGGAUCAGUGGAGGGCACCAUGCCCAACCUCAGGCAUCGACGCAAGCUCACCUCCAAGGACACGGGAACGCCUGAGGCUUGGCGUGUGAUGAUGUCUUUGAAGUCUGGCCUGUUGGCAGAGAGCACAUGGGCGCUGGACACCAUCAACAUUCUGCUGUAUGACGACAGCACUGUGGCCUCCUUUAACCUCUCGCAGUUGCCGGGCUUUUUGGAGCUCGUCGUCGAGUACUUCCGCCGUUGCCUGAUUGAGAUCUUCGGCAUACUGGAAGAGUUUGAAGUAGGAAUGGUGGCACAGAAAAGCUUGAUGAACCUCACCUCUGAUAAGAAUGAAGAACCAACCCUGGACGGUGAAAGUGAAAGUACUGUCCAGCUGAUACCAGAAGCUGUAUCAUGUAUGGAGGUGCCAGAGGACCUAUUAGGGAACAAAAUGGAGGAAUCUCUUUCUGCUUGUGGACAACCUGUGUCACCUGAUGGAAGGGAGGCUGGUGGGUGCAUAAAAAAGGGUGAAGAAGACAAAGAGGAGGGUGAAAAGAAAGCAGAAAGUAAAAAUGUGUGUGAUGCUGAGCAGCAGUCCAAACCUAAACAAGCUAGCAAACAUGACAAGUUCCCCAUUAGCUUUGUUGAGAGCGAGGACUUCAGUGAAGACAUGAUGGGUGAUUUGGUUGAGGAGUUCAGCAGUGGGCUGCUCCACUGGCAGGCUGGUGGUGGCGACACCACGUCGCACAUUCUAACAUAUUUCGAACCCCGCAGUGAUCCACCUGCCAGGACAGAGGACAAAGAAAACGAGACACCUGCUGGGUUGGAUCAAACAAUGAAACAUAUCUCUGCCACAAUCGACGAUGUUCUGUGUGCGCGAGUCGACGCUCUCUCCCACGCCCACCCCGCACGCUCAAUGCCCUCCUACCCUUUCAGGGUGCACCCGGACGGAGAACGGGACCGCAUCACCUUGCUGGAGGACGAGCCACGCUGCCUGGAUGAAGCCCCGCUGUCUACGGGCGCAGCCUGGCAAGAAUCACUAACCAAGCGCUGCCUCUGCGUCUCCAACAUUGUCCGCGGCUUGUCCUUCAUCCCGGGGAAUGACUCGGAUUUGUCUCGGCACCCCGCACUGGUCCUUCUUCUCGGCCGGCUCCUCCUGCUGCACCACCAGCACCCCGAGAGGAACAGAUUGCCCCCCGGCUGUCAAAGAGACGAGAAGGGCAGCAAAGACGAGUGGUGGUGGGAGUGUCUGAGUCUGCUCAGAGAGAAUGCGAUGGUCACACUGGCAAACAUCUCAGGCCAGCUGGAUCUGUCCGCCUAUCCCGACACCAUCUGCCUGCCAAUCUUGGACGGCCUCCUCCACUGGAUGGUGUGCCCUUCCGCCGAAGCCCAGGACCCCUUCCCUUCGGCGGCGGCCUACUCCCAGCUCACCCCUCAGAGGCUGGUUCUGGAGUGCCUCUGCAAGCUGAGCAUACAAGACGCCAACGUGGAUCUCCUUCUGGCCACACCUCCUUUCAGCCGCCAGGAGAAACUCUUUACAAUACUGGUGCGCUACGUGGGUCAGAGGAAGGCCCAGGUGUACAGGGAGAUGGCGGUGGCCGUCAUCUCCCACCUGGCGCAAGGAGACCCCACUGCCGCACGUGCCAUAGCCGCGCAGAAAGGAAGUGUGGGCAAUUUGGUGGCCUUCUUAGAGGACGGCGUCAGCAUGGCCCAGUACCAGCAGAACCCUCACAGCUUGCUGCACAUGAGCCACGCCCACAUGGAGGCGCCCAGCGUCAGCAUGUUGUGUAGAGCAGCUAAAGGCCUGUUGGCCAUGGCCCAAGUGGAGGAGAACAAAGCAGAGUUUGUGCUCUACGAAAGCAGAUUGUUAGACAUUUCCAUUUCUUCCGUCCUCAACGCAGGCGUGGUGGCCAUCGUUUGCCAGGUCCUCUUUCACCUGGGGAAGCUAUGACAGGAGGAGAGGCGGGACUUGGCUUAGCGGACAUUAAGGCAGACUAUUUCACUUGUUUUGCUUUUUUUAUUUAUCCAACAGAGAAAAAAAUGUUUUUUAAAAAGUAAAAUCCAUGUCUCUAUGUAUAAUCUCUGAGUCCUCUGCCACGCGGGCUUGAGAUUUCAUUUGAAUAUAAAUAUUUAAACCCUGCCGGUGUUGAACUUGUGUUUACUUUUUUCACACCAGACGUCGGUGCUGACUUACACAGAGGAGGCGUUGCAAUUAUCAUUUUGUUGUUGUUUUUAUUGUACAAAAGCUAUAACGUCCUGGUUUUGUUCUUGGAGAGUAUUUAUUUAAAAAUGUGACACUGUACAGGAGUUUUCUUGAGUUUUUAUUUUAAUUUUAUUUUUUGGGGCCAGCAUUUGUGGAGGAAAUACACUGACUUAUUUUCGUCUCUCUGCUGGAAGAGAACUUGUGCAAUAGGAUAAACAACCGAGGAACCGGAGGAAAACAGGCAUGUAGUGUGCACUGUUGACCACAAGGAGGCAGCCUUGCACCAGCCAAUCAACUUAAGAGGAGCGCGCCUGUCAAAAAUGAGUUGAUCAUUGCCUCAAAGACUCUCCAACUUGUCUCCUCAAGGCCUGUCUGUAUUAUUCCAUCACUGUAAACAAAACUGAACAAUGGUUAUUGCCAUUCCAAUCAAGCAUAGCAACGGGUGGAAGACUAUUCACACAGCUUUUAUUGUUGUCAAACAUUUGUUAUUGUUAAUGACUAUACAUCAUUUGUUAAUGGGGUCCAAUAUUUGAACAUGGUUAUCCCUGUUUCAGUGUAAAAAAAAAUAAAAUAGUAAUAAAGCCUGUACGCAUUGUAUUAUAGCUGAGAAAACAAUCGCUUUGGUAAUCAAAUGUUAAAGUGCCAGAGUGAGAGGAUCCACAAGUUACACUUUUUUUUUGUAAUGUCCUCCAUUCACAUUUUGGAGAAAUGUGCUGAAAAACUACAAGAUUAUUGUAAAACUUGCCUUUUUUUCGUAUGACUUCAGUAUGUCUCUUUUAUCCAUUAUACACAUUUAUACUCUGUCCUGCACAUGUCACAAAUAAAUGUACAAUGCUUACAUUAUGCUCAAA